AAGGUAAGGAUCAUGCAAAGUUUCACAGUGCUUCUCUAGUCUGUGCUCAUCCACUCGAGGGCUCUAACUGCCAGGAAUGAGGCUCACAGGACUCACUAAAAGGGAGCCAUGCCCAUCCUGGUCCCCUAAGGUAGCCUGAUUCUUGUUUUCUCAGAAACAGCAUCAUGGUCAAAGAGAGAAAGCCAACGUUUCAGGGCCACAACUUGAGGGGCCUUCUCUCCCCAUUCUGUGCACCAGUCCUACCUUGCUGCUUGGAAUUCCCACAUUACUCAUUCCUUGGGCUAAGGCAUUUUUUGAAAGCCCCUGUUAAAAUGCAAAUGCUAGCUGGAAGGAAGAGGGUUUUUUGUUUGUUUGUUUUUAAGCCAUUAGGCAUUAGGUUCAAGUUAAUUUACCUAAAAAGGACAUGGAACUUAGAAAGGAAUCAUAUCCAUCCAUGAAUAAAGGAGGACCAAUAAGGAACGAGAUGCUUCCCGGUGUUGAGGUCUCAGGGCCUGAUGGGGAGGUGGAAAGUGCUGAAGACACACUUUUCUUCCUCCACACAUAUUCAAAAUGGCUCCUAUUUCCCAAACCUCAGCCCGAGUGUAAGCCAAUGUACAGUUCAGAAACAGCUCUGUAUAGGAGAAGAGACGAGAGAUAAGGGCCAGUAAAGCGCUGUGUGCCCAGCCUAUGGCCCUACCCUUUCUCCCACCCCACAAAUACUCUUACCUGCCUGGCCAUGAAAGGUGGAUUGCCAGCACUAGAAUGGACUGUGGAAAACUGCCCAGGGACCUCUCUGCCACUCUCUGUGCUUGCUUUUGCUCUAGUUUUAUCUCUUUGAAGCUUCAAUCCCUUGGCCUAGGGACCCCUAACUUCAACUCCCACCUCAGUCUGAUUUUUGAAACAUGGUAUUUCAACCUUGAUUUUUCUGCUGAAGAAUCUGGCUUGGCUCAUCUCUUCAUCUUUCUCAUGUUUUCUCCCCACCUGCCCUAGUCUCAACUCCAUAAAAUCCCAUCCUCACCCCCACCCAGGAAGAGGCAUAUGAAAUUCAAGAAUAAGAGACUAACCAAAAUAUCAAAUGCAAAGGCUUAGUAAUUAAUCAGCUGAUAUAGUUGCAUAGAACAAUUUCCUUCCCUUUAAAGCACUAUUGCUAUGUAGUCAUGUUUAGUGUGAUUAAAUUAAUGUGAUUUCCCCACUAGGCCAGAAACCAAGAGUACAGCGUUACCUUAUGUCUUUUAUACUACCUGUUAAGUCCCUAGUACUUGGAACAUACAAGCACUUAAUAAAUACAUGAGGAAUACAUAAAUAGAGAUUUAUAAAAGCUUCCAUUAUACGCAGGACAGCUCACAUAAACAUAUUAACGGUAUCUGCAGCAGCAGACGUAACACGAACUGCAAGUCUGAGCACAUAAAUAGACACAUUUUAGUACAGGGCCUUAGUCCCAAGAUUGAGGUUACAUGUAAGAUAAACAGUUCAUUUCCUUCAUUAUUACAGUUUAAGAGGAGUAGGAAGUUCUCUUUGUCAAACAUUAUUUUCACCUGGCUCUCCAGAACCUUAAAUUACUAUUAAUAGAGAUGAUAUUUUAAGCCCGUUUGCAAAUGCAAAUGCAAACAGGUUCACCAUAUGUGAAACACAGUAUGUUCAAUCACUUGUCUGCGCUCUUUUCUGACUCAAGAAUAUUUCUUUUCAAAUUAGAUCUUGGUCUCUGGUGCCAAGUGGGGCUAAUAUUGGGAUGGGGCACUUGGAUGGGAAGAAAUGCUGGGGAAGGGUCUCUGGACCAGAGAAGGGAAAGGUCAAUCAGGAAAGCCAAGUAAGUUCGUUGCAGAGAAGCUGCAACAGGAGGAAAUCCCCCUUCUCUGGAUUUCCCACUGGCACAGGGGACUCAGGUGGGGCCAGCUGACAUCUUUGGACUGCUUCUUCUAGAGCAGAGGCUGCUCGGAGACCCCAACACCCCAAAGCCAAGAACAGCUACCAGUUAUUUGGAAUGGGAGUCUCGCUAUGUUGCUCAGAUUGGUCUUGAACGGAACUCCUCGCCUCAAGCCAUCCUCCCACCUCAGCCUCCUGAGUCACUGGGAUUACAAGCAUGAGCCAUUGACCUCAGCUCUGUUUAACCUUUAAAAUGGAGGAAGGAAGAACUCCGGGUCUGGCUGGCUUGGCUCCAGAUUAUUUCCACGGACAGCAGAGAGCCAGGCAAGCUGUGAAUGAGUCCACCAGGGUACAAAGCUACGAAACUUUUGAAGCUUUUGAGGCACCAACUCAUUUUGCAAAGAGAAGACAAUCGUGAUCGUUUACAUUUGUAUCAUUUUUUCAAAAUGCUUUUACAUGCUAGUCUCAGUGGAUCUGGAACUCCCGAAGUAGUCAAGAUAAGUACAAAUGAUACAAAUGAUAGCUUAGGUUUGUUGAAUGUCUAUAUGUGCCAGGCUGUUUGCUAAAUGGGGGACAUUUUUUUAUGCUCACCACAACCCUCUGAGGCAGGUAUUAUCUUCAUCUCAGUUUUGCAUACAAAGGAAAACAAUAGUUUGGAAAUAACUUGCUAGGUCAACUUCUGACUCUAACCAAAUUCCCUUUUCUGACCCCCAGCAACUAAUGUUGACUAGAGUGUUUAAUAAACUGCUGUUUAUAUUACAUUACCAUUCAGCUGUUAGGGAUUGGAGACAGAAUCUGAACUCAGGGAGUCAGGCUCUAGAAUUAACGUUUUUAAGAGAAAAUGAUAGAGACAGCUAGGAAAUGAGGAGUCAAUGAACUGGGGAGGAGAAAAUGCCACAGGAUAAAGGAAAUUUAAGAAUAGAAAAAAAAUUAAGAAUUUGAAAACUUGUAGUAAGCCUGAAAGAGCAAAGUUGCAACCAGGAUGACUAUAAUCAGGGCAUUUCUCUUUUUUGAUCCUGUUCACAUUUUCAGCCUGAUUUGCUGCUUUGCGUCCUUUCUUGAAAACUCCACCUGCUUAGUUCUGUGCAUGCCCACUGUGGUUAGGUUUACAGAGAAGUUAGAGGAUAUAGGAAAAGAAAGUGGGGAGAUUUUUGCCUUUGAGAUGGACUGUCUUGCUACUGCCUUUCCUUCCCAAUCUGGAAAAUCCAACUGCUUUUUAAGAGCCUGGCGCCUGACUUCUACUUUGGAAGAUCAAGUUCGCCUGCUUGGGAAAAAUUGGGAUUUGGUGUCAGCAAGGCCCAAGCUCAAAUCCUGAUGCUGACACUUUUUAGGGAUGAAAUAGAAGAGAAGAUAAAAGAGUACCCAAGCAGCAAAGUCAGUGCUGACGUUGGUAAAGGGUGCCUGUCCUUGCUUGUGACGGUCCAGCACACAGAACGCUAUGUCACCCUGUUUGCCUCUAUCAUCCUCAAAUGUGACUACACCACCUCUGCCCAGCUCCAGGACGUAGUAGUGACAUGGCGCUUCAAGUCCUUCUGCAAGGACCCUAUCUUUGACUACUACUCAGCGUCAUACCAGGCAGCUUUAUCCCUGGGCCAGGACCCAUCCAAUGACUGCAACGACAACCAGCGGGAAGUUCGCAUCGUGGCCCAGCGGCGGGGGCAGAAUGAGCCCGUGCUGGGGGUAGAUUACCGGCAGCGCAAGAUCACCAUCCAGAACCGAGCAGAUCUUGUGAUUAAUGAAGUGAUGUGGUGGGACCAUGGAGUGUAUUACUGCACCAUUGAGGCUCCAGGGGACACAUCAGGAGACCCCGAUAAGGAAGUAAAGCUCAUCGUCCUGCACUGGCUGACAGUGAUCUUCAUCAUCCUGGGAGCCCUCCUCCUCCUGCUGCUGAUUGGAGUGUGCUGGUGCCAGUGCUGUCCUCAGUAUUGCUGCUGCUACAUCCGCUGUCCCUGCUGUCCCGCCCGCUGCUGCUGUCCUGAGGAAGCCCUGGCCCGCCACCACUACAUGAAGCAGGCCCAGGCCCUAGGUCCUCAGAUGAUGGAAAAACCCCUGUACUGGGGGGCGGACAGGAGCUCCCAGGUUUCAUCUUAUCCAAUGCACCCGCUACUGCAGCGAGAUUUGUCCCUGCGGUCCAGCCUCCCACAGAUGCCAAUGACCCAGACCACCAAUCACCCUCCCCUCGCCGAUGGUGUCCUGGAGUAUUUGGAGAAAGAACUGCGGAACCUCAACCUGGCCCAGCCUCUGCCCCCAGACCUCAAAGCCAGAUUUGGCAAUCCCUGCAGCAUGCUGUCCUCCCUGGGCUCUGAGGUCGUGGAACGCAGAAUCAUCCACCUGCCCCCACUGAUCAGAGACCUGUCAUCCUCAAGGAGGACCAGUGACUCCCUGCACCAGCAGUGGCUCACCCCAAUUCCCUCCAGGCCCUGGGAUCUGAGGGAGGGGAGAAGGCAGCACCAUUACCCUGAUUUCCACCAGGAGCUCAAAGACCGGGGGCCAAAGUCUUGGGCAUUGGAAAGAAGGGAGUUGGACCCAUCGUGGAGUGGAAGGCACCGUAGCUCUAGGCUGAAUGGGUCACCCAUACACUGGUCAGACAGGGACAGCCUAAGCGAUGUCCCCUCGUCCAGCGAGGCACGCUGGCGGCGGAGCCACCCUCCUUUCAGGAGCCGCUGUCAGCAGUGGCCCCGCAGGCCCAGCCCCCGGGAGAGCACUCAGAGGCACGGGAGACGACGCAGGCACCGCAGCUACUCUCCUCCCCUGCCCUCCAGCCUCAGUUCCUGGAGCUCUGAAGAGGACAAGGAGAGGCAGCCCCAGAGCUGGGGGGCCCACCGCCGCCGCUCGCACUCCCCACACUGGCCCGAGGAGAAGCCGCCUAGCUACCGCUCACUGGAUGUCACUCCAGGCAGGAAUAGCAGGAAAAAAGGGAGUGUGGAGAGGCGCUCGGUGAGCCUGGGACAUCCUGCUAAGGGUUGGGCAUGGGCAGAGAGGAGCCUCCAGCCAGGCAUGACCACAGCCAACACAGGCUGCCUCUCAUUCCACCACAGAGGGUGCCUCCUCCCUGUUUUGCCCAAAUUACACUGUGCGCUGGGUGGACUACCUCUUGUUAGAGCUAAAGAAAUCAAGCGAGUGCAGAGUGCAGGGGAGAGUUCACUGCCUGUGAAGGGCCUUCUCACCGUUGCUUCAGCUGUCAUCGCAGUCCUGUGGGGCAGGCCAAGCGAGGUCACAGGAGAAAAUGAGGCUCAGCAUGAUUAAGCACCUUGCAAGCCAUGAGCUAGGACUUGAAUGCAGUCCGUUGUGGCUAAAGCCUCACCUCCCUUCACAGCUGCUUUGCUUUCUUUACUUAGCAACCCAUUUCCAUACCCCAAAUUAGAACACUGGGCCUGACAGAAGAUGCUUGUUAAGUCAGCAUGCAAGGCCCUGGUAUAUAUGAGGUUGGGACCCUCUGAGACAUCCCCUGGAAAGGACCAUUAAACUGAUUUUUAAAACCCUGAUAUUCCAUAUAUGGGCCAAAACAUUAAGAUUCUGUGAAUAGGCAAGAUGCCAAUGGGUGCCAGACAUAGUUAAAAGGGGAACACAGAAGGAAGUAGGCCUUUAGGGCCCCUAGAUGCAGAUCUUUUGUAUUUUUUUAAAGAAGUGGCUUUAAAAAUUAUUUGGGGCUGGGCGUGGUGGCUCACGCCUGUAAUCCCAGAACUUUGGGAGGCCAAGGCAGGUGAAUCACCUGAGGUCAGGAGUUCAAGACCAGCCUGGCCAACAUGGUGAAACCGUGUCUCUACUAAAAAUACAAAAAAUUAGCUAGGUGUGGUGGCGGGUGCCUGUAAUCCCAGCUACUCAGGAGGCUGAGGCAAGAGAAUCACUUGAAUCUGAGAAGAGGAGGUUGCAGUGAGCUGAGAUCGUGCCAUUGCACUCCAGCCUGGGUGAUAAGAGCAAAACUCUGUCUCAAAAAAAAAAAAAAAUUAUAAUUAAUACAUCCAAAUGACAGCAUUCCUUUAAUGUUGCCACUUUGCAAAGAUAUGUUGCCAUUGCUCAAAAACAUUAAUAAACUGCCUCAGAGCC